AUGGCAGACGGUAAGAGCGGCAUGGCGUCCACCGCGACCUCUGUUUCUCGUGAACCUGGCACCUCCGACGGCAGCACCACCCACGUCGAAGAAGAAGAUGAUGAUCUUCAGACCGAGGCGAGCUCCCGCUCCUCAGGCAGCACCGACACAAUGCAACCCCCGGCAGUCCCUAACAACACACCAGCAUCCCGGUCCGAAUCAUCCGACGUCGGAGAAGACCCUACGUCUCCACCAUCAUCUCCAGACCUAGCCAGCGCUGUCGCAGCCCUGAACCUGCACGCAGGCGGUCCACCAUCCUCCACAUCGAGCGAAUCCGACUACGAAGAAGGUAAGGCGCACUUGCGCGGUCCGCUGCGUUCCGAGCUCGAUCUGCACAAGCAAUUGUUCAAGGCGCCACCGGUCAAGAAGACCAAAAAGAACCGGGUAACGUGGGAUCGUCAUGCAGGCAGGUUCAAGCGCAUCGGCAACAGGUCACCACCGGAAGAGCACUACCAUGAAUAUGAUACCUGGGCGAAGGUUGCAGAGGAGGAUGUGGAGCGGGGGCUGCAGCGGUUGGUGAUGGCCGCGAAGGAUCAGGCGAGGAUUAGUGAUGCGAAGACGCCUGCUGAGUGGUAUUCGGAGAGGGUGGCGGAGUUGCUGAGUAAGCAGGAGCUGAAGUUCGAUGAGAAGGCUUUGAAGUAG